UUGAGAAGAUAAUAACCUUUCCAGGUAUGCGUCUGGUCUGUCUCCAUAGAAUCCCAAAUUUCCGAACAUUCCAGAAGGAUUGCAGAUACACCAGGUCCAUGGCCCUGUCCGCAAGUAAUAACACUGGGAAGAAGCUUAUCCGCGUUGAUAUCAGUUCAGACACUGUAUGUCCAUGGUGUUUUGUGGGCAAAAGAAAUCUGGACAAAGCAAUAGCUUUAUCGAAUGAUAAAUAUGAUUUUGAGAUCAGAUGGCACCCAUUUUUUCUCAAUCCUUCUGCCCCUAAAGAAGGCAUUGACAAAAUAGAGUAUUACAGGAACAAGUUUGGGUCACAGGCCGAACAAAUCCAUUCUCGGAUGACACAGGUUUUUAAGGGUCUUGGGCUGGAAUAUAACAUGUCUGGACUCACGGGUAGUACGCUGGACAGCCACAGGCUUAUAUAUUUUGCUGGGCUACAGGGCCUUGAUAGGCAGCAUAAUCUUGUGGAGGAGCUAUGCCUCGGGUACUUCACUCAGGAAAAGUAUAUUGGUGACAGGGAAUUUCUUGUGGAGUCCGCAAAGAAGGUUGCGGUAGAAGGAGCACUGGAGUUCCUCGAUGAUCCAAACAAUGGUCUGAACGAGGUGUGUUUCUCUAAUCAGUGACCCUUUAUUCUCCGUUGAUUAUCAAUGAGACACACGACAGAAGAAAACUUUUGUGGGAGAAAUAAAAUGAAAGAGAAGUAUCAACUUUUGUUGCACCGUUGUGAGAGUACAAGUUUUAUUUCCUCAUAACAGUUGUAAUCAAAUGGAGCAUUAUGUUGAUUCUUCUUCUCCCUUAAUUGCCAAGGAGGAACAGCCAUUCUCAAAUUAUCAGUCAUAAAAUUUCAAAUCUUUUUCACUAUACUCUCUAAUAAAAUAGUCGUAAGUUUCGGUGGUAUCCAUUAUUCAAUUUUGCAUGUAAACUAUUGGAGGUUAAUGAGGAGCUUCAGAAGUACUCAGCAAACAUUUCAGGAGUUCCACAUUUUGUGAUAAAUGGGAAGCACCAGUUGAGUGGUGGCCAACCCCCUGAUGUCUUCCUGAGAGCUUUUCAUGUCGCUGCAACUGACAGUUCGUAGUGCCUGCAUCUGCAUUCUUCAUUCUCUAACAAAGUUGCAGAUUCUUUGCCUACCUUUGAAAAUAUGAGUGGUUUGUAGCACCGGCAUCUGCAUGGGUCAUUCUCCAGUCUAAUAAAGUUGCAGAUCCCUUGCCUACCUACGAAAAUAUGAGUGGUUUAUGAUAUUUAUUGCGAGUCUCCUUUGUGCUUGAGACUCAGUAAUGUAAUUGUACUGUAACAAAGGUUUGGGCGUUGUUGGGACAUGUAAAUACAUGCAUUUGCAAUAAGUUGGUAUUCACUGCUGAUGGUUUGAAGUAUUGAUGUGCAGUACC